GUCAAAGCGACUUCAGACAGUUAUCACUGACAUGGAACUCAAUGUUUUUAUAUGAAUUUUUUUCCUCCAGCUUUCUAUGAAAUUUUCUUUAAUGGCCUGUUACCAGAAGUUAUGAAAACAAAGCUAUAGGGCCUCAUUGGGUUGUCAUGAAUCAUUAGUAAUUGUAGACAUACAUCAAAUGGAGGAAUUAGCAGUUCAUGAUGAAUUGCAUAUACCAAAAAAAUACAUGAAAUUGAGCACUAGGGAAGAUAGAAUAGAAGCAAUUGUUAACAAAAAUUGGCUGAAGCAACUUAACAGGAGCAGGAAGAUUCCAGAUUUCAUUUUACAUGACAAAUUGAGUGAUGAUGAAAUAUCAGCACUUUUCAAGCAAGGAGAACAUUUUUCAUCAGAAUGGCAAAAGAUCCUUGUAUCUGUCAUUAAGAAAAAAGAAAGUCUUGUUAUACCAUUACCUAGAGUGAGACUUGGUGGCAAACCAAGCACUAAAUUAUCAUUAUCUCAGAUAUUACAGUAUGUCUCACAUACAAAUUACAAGAAUUUAUGGAAAGAAGCCUUUAGGAAAUAUAACAGUGUUAUGGUUCGAAAAGAAGAAGGAGAUGAUAAUAGUGUUCAGUUGAUGGAACAUAGCUCUUUGUUAAGGGAAAUUAUAUCAAGAACAUAUGGUGUACCAAUUGUGAAAGAAGGUCAUCUUGUUCAUGAUGUAGCUUAUCGACCUCAUUCAAAUAUUUUCAAGGCCUCUAUUGUUGUUGAAACUAAUAAGCACUUUUUUAUUAUUCAUGAAAGCCAUUGCCAUUAUACAGUUUUGGAUUGUGUUACGUUUUCUCCUGCUGUGCUCUCUGGUACUUAUUCUAAACCCUUAUUUAUUCUUUAUCAGUUAUUGCGACUAAUGCGCCAUCUCCACGAUCUGGGUCUUGUUCUUGGUAGCAUUACCUUAGCAGAUGUUUACAUUACUGAAGAUUUGUGGAUUCAGGUUCUUCCCAGGCUUGAAGAUAAUGUUCAUAAUAGCCCUACAACUCUGAAUUCACAAAUGAAUAAAGAAAAAUCGAGUGAUAAAACUGAAGUCUCUGCUGAUCUUUAUCGUCUUACAGAAGCAUGGGUUAUCGGAGCACUUUCUAAUUAUGACUAUUUGUGUGAAUUAAAUCGUCUUGCUGGUAGAAGGUAUGGUGAUCCAAGGAGUCAUUAUGUUCUUCCAUGGGUAACAGAUUUUAGCUCCAGAUCAGGAGCUAAUUGGCGGGAUUUGGCUAAGUCUAAAUUUAGGUUAAAUAAAGGUGAUCGACAGCUUGAUUUAACCUAUGAACUGCCACCAACUGCCAAUGCUGCGCAGAUUCGUCAUCAUGUCCCAGACGUUUUGUCAGAAAUUACUUACUAUGUUUACUUGAGUCGAGUUACUCCCAAAUCCAUUCUUUGUAAAUAUGUAAGACCUCAAUGGGUACCAGGUGAAUAUCCAGCUUCGAUUCAACGCCUUCAGUCUUGGACUCCUGAUGAAUGUAUUCCAGAAUUUUUUACUGACCCCUCAGUUUUUAAGUCAAUCCAUAGUGAUUUGUGUGAUUUAGAAGUCCCAUCUUGGUGUAGUUCUCCUCAAGAUUUUAUAACUAGUCAUAGAGCUGCUUUGGAGAGUCAAGCUGUUUCCGAAAAGUUACAUCAUUGGAUUGAUUUAACAUUCGGUUUCAAGCUUGCUGGACCAGCGGCUGUCAAAGCUAAAAAUAUCUGCCUGCAACUUGUUGAUGGACAUAAAGUACUCAGUGGAAGUGGAGUUGUUCAGUUAUUUACUAAUCCUCACCCGCAGAGGUCUAGACCUUCUCUUUAUCUUCGGAAAACUCCUCCCAAAAUUCAUCAACCACGUAGGAAAUGCAGUGGUGAUGAAGAAGAAGGUCAAAGUUCAGGACUUGAAGAGGAAGAACAAAUGUCAUCAGCUCUUUUAUUUUCAAGAUUUAUUAGCCGUUCAAGAGCAUCACUUUCUUCACCGUCCAAUACGAUUGCAUCUGAUGCUGAAAAAACAAAUAUUUCAUUGCCAAAAGAUUACAACCCUGUUGAAGCAAUACUUACUGUCGAAUCUCUUCAUAGCUUUAUGGGAAGAAGUAGUAUGCCUUGCCUUAACAGAGAUCAGAAGGUGAUUGGAGAGCAAUAUGUCAGUAAGCAUAAUGAACGAUGCCGUCAGGUUCUUGCUAAUACUCGGGCAACUGAAAUGCAGAGUUUAGGUUGUUUCUUAGUUGAAUUAUUUUUACCUCAAAGAGUACGUGUAUUUGGAAAUGGUUUAAAAUCUAUAUCACAUGAGGAGCGUUUGCAAAUUGCACGAUCUAUUCUUUCUGGACCUGAGUCCUUACCUAAGUGUAUUGCACCACUUGUAAAAUUGUUAAUUGAGGAUAGGGUUACCGAAGUUACCCAAGUGGGUUCACCUCCACCAUCAGCACAUCAGCUUCUACAACCCUUAUUAGCUCCAGUCCAUUUUCCCCGCCAGUUUUCACUUCUUUACUCUACUUUGGAGUCUCUACGUAGCUAUUCUACUGCUCUUGCUGAUUUAUCUGCUGAAGACGAUCUGUUGCUUAUUUAUAAAAUUGCAGAAGUAAAGGUGAAGAAUCUUUCUACAAAGAUAGAAGAAUUGGUGGAAUCGGAAGUUUGUCUUGGUAUUUUGAUGCCAUAUGUAAUUGAGAUGCUCAGUUCUCCCCUCACUGACGUCCUGGCAGCAUGGUACCUCUUUGAUCAUAUUGCUAGAGCCCUUGGUCCCAAGCGUUGCAGGCAUGAACUUUUGGAGGUCAUUGUACAGCUAUAUGAUUGGGAAAAACCUCGAGAAAGAAAACUUCUUCAGAAAAGAGUAAAGCUUUACCAUAGAUCCUUCUUAGUCACUUUGAUAGUGCGAUUUGGAUUAUCAACUUUUCUAGAUGUUUUUGUGCCACUUAUAGCUGAAGCUGUUGGUGGUUACCAUGAUCUAGAUGAAAAUAUACAUACUCAUCUUAGUUGCUGUGAUGUAGAAGAAGGAGUUGAAGCUGAUAGUUGUAUGCCUUUGUCUCCGUUAGAUGAAGACUCUUCUGUUGAAUCUGAAAAAACUAACCAAAACACUACUAAUAAAGAACUUAAGUCGGAACCAGAAACAGCCUAUUCAGAGGAAGACUAUUUAGAAGAGCCUUCUAAAAUGGGUCCUAAAUCAGCUGUUUCAUUGCAGAAUUUAUUAAUAGAUAACCCUGAAGAGGAAAAGGAGGGAGAUGAAAUAAUGUUUAAUUAUGAAAAUAGCUGGAAAAAGAAAAGUUUUGCCAAUAUGAAACCAAUUCAUAUGGAACAAGAAGUUCCUGAUGUUGAAUAUUCAAAGGUGUGUGAGGUGUCAACUGAUAGCCUCGCCUGGCUGGCUCCUCGCCUUGGACCUGUGUUGACCUCAAUCCAUAUCGGAAGGUCACUUCUUCGCCUGCUUGGUCUAGCCUACACAGGAGCAGCUCAGCUGAUUUCAUCUGAUUAUUCUCUAACAGGAGAUUCUACUACUACUCACCUAUUGCGCUCACUUGCAUCAAUAACAGGUGUUUUUGGAGAUCAGGUGAUAGUUUGCCAAUACCUUCCUCAUAUAACAGACUUAGUUGCUCUUUGUAAACGGAAACUUACUCCAUCAUUGGAAGGAGCCCUUAUUGGUUCUCUGUCAUUACUUUCCUAUAUAAUUCCUUUUUUCACUGAAUCUACUUUCAAUGAUAUUUUACAGGAUGGUAUAAUCAGAGGCGUGGUUGAUCCCUGCUUGAGACUUGUUGGUUCAAGAAGCCUGCUGUUUCCUAGUGGAGUAAAUGGCCGCCAUGGAUUUGGGCUCAAAAUCCUUUCAUUGCUCAUCUCACUGAGCAGUCAUGCCAGUCCUCAACAGAGGCUAAUUCUUCUGCAAACCUUACAAAGGUUUUUUCUCGUUUUAUCUAAAGCUAAUUGUGACAGAAAAACUGGUGUUGAAGUGGUUUGUGAUGUGAAGACAACUGAAAAAGAUGAAUUUUGUAAUAAAGCUGCCUCUACUGUUAUUGAAACAAGCAUCAAAUCUGAAGCACAACAGGAGUUAAAGGAAGCUUUGGGUCCUGAAUUUGCUUAUCUUAGUUACACACCAUUCGCUGACUUCUUUGGAGAAAAUGUUAUGGAACAAACACUAAAAAAUCAUGAAUUAAUUAAAGAUCUUUGUUCUUCAUACUACAAAGAAACUGCCUACAAUGUUUCAAAAAGAUGUGAAAUUGAACCACGAAGCAUCCCCGAGGAGUCACCAUUGACACCUGUUGGGAGUUUUGGAAAUGUGAUUAUCAUUGGAAAUAGGAUUGAAAUACAGGAAGCACAACCUAAGUCUGUAAGUCCAGCCGUAGAUGAAACCUCAUCAAGGAAUACAAAAAAAUCUGAAAACAUCAGCAGGCAUCUUCACGGAAAUUGGUUGGCAUAUUGGGAACAUGAAUUAGGAAGGAAUCAAAAGAACAGUGGCCUUAACAUAAAACAAAUUAAACUUCAGGCUUUUGCUGGCCAUACUAACACUGUGAAACAUAUUAUUCCUCUUGGAAGUGAAAACAGUUUUAUGUCAGCAUCAAGGGAUAAAACUGUUAGGCUUUGGUCACUUAGAAGUCAGGGAGAUGGUAGUCAUGUUAGCCAUGCCCAGUGGACUUAUAGUGAGCAUCGUAAAUCAGUACUUUCACUUGCUUGGGUUGAAAGAACCCGUUUGACAGCUUCGUCUGAUUCAGUACUUCAUUUAUGGGAUCCAUUUGUUGGCCGCCAAGUAUCAGUAAUUGAUGGAACUAGAGGUGUCGUAAAUACAAUAAAGGCUUGCCGUGAAUCUUCACCUGAAGUUCUGUGUGCCACAACUGAUCCAACUUUGAGAUCACUUGAUACUCGUGUUGGUGCUUAUGUUCGAGAACUGAAGAUUAGUCAAAGUGGUGGUAGCUUAGUUAGGUGCAUGGUACUUUCACCAGAAUCAAAAUGGGUAGCCGUAGGACAAGCCACUGGACAACUUACUGUAAUUGAUAUGACAAUGGGUAGCAUCAUAUCGUCAUGGAAGGCACAUGAAGCUGAAGUUUUGCAGCUGGUAGCAGUUGAUGAACAUAUUCUUGUUAGCUCUGCCCUUGAUCAAGCAGUUUCUCUUUGGAACAUUAAUGAUGGAAAGCUGCUAUACAACCUUAAAGGAACCACUGAGCCUGUUCAUUGUUUGGAAUUAUUUGGGAAUGAGUUGGUCUGGGGAACUACAGCUAAUAGAAUCGGUGUCCAUUCAGGCAUUGAUCCAUCUGCAAGUUACAGUUCUACAAAACUAAGAACUGACUCGUUAAAAGGCGUUCUAACAUCUUUGGCUCUACUUCCUCUUACUAGACUCCUUCUUUUGGGAGCAGACUCUGGGGCCAUCAGUUUGCUUUGUUGAAAUGAUAAAUGUUUUCAUGAUACAAAGUCCAAACAACUUCUACUGCCAACGAACAUUCAAAACUAGUCUCAUAUUUGAACUAAUUUUAUAUCUUUGAUACUAUUAUUGAUGGGUGCUUAUAUCUCGUUUGUUUUGUAAAAAUGUUUUUAUUUAUUUAUUUUUUAAAUAAUUCUUUUAGAACUAAGGUUUAUCAUAAUACCAAUAUUUUUUAUAUUUCAUCACCAACAGAUUAAAAUGUAAUAUGUAUAUAUAAUGUUUAAAUUGAGUUUUAUAUAAAUUAUUUAUUAUUUUUUAAGCUCUUAUUAAAAAAAAAAAAAAAAAAAAAAGAACAGUAUAUAUAUGUAUUAAUAUUGGAGUGCUAUACUCCCCAAAAUUUGUACUUAUUUAUUUUUCAAAUUGUAGCUAUUUAUAGUAUUACCACUGUUUUUCUUUUCAAUAAAAUUAGUUUAUUUUUACCAUUGUUAAUUAAGUAUGGUCUUGCAAUAAGAUUGUUUAUGAGCGUUCGAGAUCCUUAUGAAUGCAGAAAUGCAUUUUUAUGGAUCUUUCAUAAAUUUUAAAAAUAUCAAUGGUUUUCUAUAUUAAAAUAUUAAAGGAAUAAACAAAAAGAAAAAUGUAUUAAUGCAAUACUUAUUUAUUGCAUAUUUUAUCAUUAUGGUCAACUAAAGUAACUGGCAAAAAAAAAUUUAAUCCAGAACUAUUUUAUUGUUUGAAAAUAUAAAUUUAAAAUAAAAAAAUUAUAAAAUAAUAAAGUUAACUAUUUUUUUUCAAUCUGCUUGCAUACUGAACUAAAGUAAAGAAGAAAUAACAAAAACUAGGAUAAAACAUCUAAAUUAAAUAGUCAAAACCCCAAAAGUGAAGUACUAUAAGACUGCUGAGGAGUGAAGCUGAGUUUGAACACGUCCCUCCACUUGCACCACUGUUCCAUUGACACCUACAUCAAAAGCGGCCAUGGGCAAAAGCAGUGGCAGGGCUAGUGCAGGGUUUUUAAAUUCUCACAUUGCCCAAUCUCAUGUCUUCUUCUCUGCUUCCUUCCAUGAAAGUGGGCUGAAUGUAAACGGGAUAUUACAUUGCUUGGUUGAACUAUUUCAAUACUUGUCUGUUUGAAAUAAACAGUAUUUACAUUUUUUAAGUGUCAACAUAGUAUUACUUAUGUGUGUUAUUUGACAAUUGUACUAAAUUUGAAGAAAACUAUAUAUCCUAGGUUUUGGUAUAUUUUAGUAUAAUAAUUCAGUAUUAUAUUCUGUCAAAGUUCAGGUUAUAUAGGAUAUAAAAUUAAUUAAUUCUUUUUGUUUAGUUUUAAUUUAUUGUUAAUACACCUUUUAUUACAUUAUAAAAACAGAAAUUAAUUUUGUAGCACCCACAUUAAUUUCUAGAUUU